CAACAACUGACAGUGACACAUGCUUGUUGCGAGUUCAGUUUCAGAAAAUUGUAAACAAACAUGUGCAACGAAAACAGAGAAUUCGAUUAGUUAUUGUUAUUCUUAAAUAAAAUGCACAAAUCUCGUACCAAUUUGAAUUUACGCAUGUUUUGUUAAUUAUAAAACCAUGGAAGUAGAAUUAUUAAGGCCAGCAAGUGUACCUAUUUCACCAGAAACAAUACUAUGGUUUGAAUUUCUUUUAGAUCCAGGUCUUCUACUUAAACAUUUACAAAAGUUUUCUGCAGAACCACCUCCCUCAGAACUGAUUACAAAGUUUUAUGAUGUGAUAUCUGAAACUCUUCGAAACAAUCCUGACACUGAAAAUGGGGAAAUUAUUAACGUGGAAACUAAUAAUGGAAAAACGAAACCACCUGCUAAGACAACAGCAUUAAAGAUUCUUUCUUUAAAAGUAGGAGCCUUUUUAAAAUGGAAUUUAGUUGAAAUGAGAAAUCUACCAUUUAAAACUCAAAUAAGUCUUUUACAAGAUUUAAUGUACUUUACCAAUGAUAAGAAAACUGUUGAAAUACCAAAUGUUGAAGAAGAGGAUGUUAAAACUGCUUCACCUCCAUACUUAUUUGCUUUGUUACUAUUUCACCGUUGGUUAUUAAGUACUUCCAUGCACAGGAUUACAUCUAACUGGCAAACAAGAUACGGUGUCAACGAUAUAUCAAUAGCAGAUGAACAUAUUAUAUGCUGUCCAGAAAAUAUAAACAAAACUGUAAACUUCCUCACCGAAGCUCUAGAUUGGCAAUUAGUACCUGCUGUCUUAACUUUUGAUUGCUUCAAGUUACCAACCGAAAACAAUGAUUGUAUCGAAUUCGAUUGGUCCAAAAGUGAAGAGUUGAAACGAAACGAAUUCUGUGCUCAAAUUAACUACGAUUUGGGAGUAUUUUUCUUCUAUCGCGAACAAUACGAUUUGGCAAAGAAACACUUUUCUAAAUGCUUCGAAUUAUUUGCCGAUAUACCCGAAAUUAAUGGAUUUUAUGAUGUUGAUAAAAAAAUGUUGGAAGUUUACAUUAAAGCCUGUCACGGAUCAGCAGACAUUCAAAAAGGGAGUCUUUUAGAACAACUCAAUGUAUCUGUGGUUAAUCAGUAUAAGGGUAUUAUUUCAAUUUUACAACAGGAUAACGUAAUCAGGGAAAUUCCGAUAAUGCACAGAAUCAAUUUGGAAUUAGACUUGCAGGGAGCUUUAUCUAGUGGUGGUUUUACAGUUGCUAGAGAUCUGAUGCAAAAAAUUAAAGCUCUUAAUAUUAUUAGAUGCGUAUUGGAUAAAAAGCCGAUGUAUCAUCAUACUCUUUCAUCUUAUAAAACUACAGAUACUCUAAUAUGGGCUAUUCAAGGUUCUUGGAAAUUCUUUUCAUACGGACAGAAACAGAUGAUAAAAAAAUUCAUUAUUGAAUCUAUUUUAAAAAAUGAUAUUCCCGAUUUACUUCCAAAAAUCCAGUCCAAUUCCGAACUGGGUUGUGUUUUAGAUAAACUCGAUGUUGCUUUUAUUCUAGGUUCCGAGCCUCAGUUUGAGGUUCCAGAUUGUCUUAUUAAGUCUGAAAUAAUUGAGAUCAACAAGCGAAGAAAGCCUAAAGCAGAGUUAAGAAGUUUGGAAAAAAAAUUGAUAACUUGUAAUGAUCAUAAAGAUAUUAAAGAAGUUUUGGUUAAAAUCGCCAUGAUAAAUGCGGGGACUGCAGUUUGGACUAUAAAUCCUCAGUGGGAAUUGCCAAUUCCUUUGCAGAGUGUAGUCAAAUCGUUGCCAAGAGGUUUCGUACAAGAUUUUUCAUACGUAAUGCUGGCCAAAUCAAAAGAGCACCUUCUAAAUAGGAACUUCAAUGUCUCGUUGGAGUUUUUACUAGUUUUAGAAAAAGAGUUACAAGGAACCAAUAUCAAUGUUUCGAAACUCUUAAAACUCGUCCAUUGGGAAAUUUUACUUGUUCAAAUUUCUCAACUGUUAGAUCAGUGGCCAAUAAAUGUAGUUGAUAAAAACACUGUAUUGACGAACACUUUAGCUGAUGCUUGUGAAGUAUGUUUACAAGUAAACGAUUCUGUGAUACCAAGAAGCGAAGUUGUCGAACACUGUGCUAUAUGUUUACUUAAUUUAGGACGUUGGGAGUUUUUAAUUAAUCUCGACAAACGAUGGAUCACAUUCGAGAUAACUUCGACCAUUGCAUUAAAUUGUCAGGAACUUUCUAAACAUAAGGGAACCAAGAAAUUGUCAAAAAAUCUUUGGGAUUUAGUAUUACCAGUAUUUGCUUCAACUCCUACACAAUCGAAGAGAAACACCAGUGGGUUCAGCGAUACUUCGAAUGUGAAAAACAACUUGUCGUUCGUGUUUUUCAAGUUAAAGGACACUUGGUGCCUCAACGUGGUAAUUUCGAUGUUGACGAAAAUGUUCAACAUCCUGAAAGAUGAAAACGCUUUAGAAUUACAAACCGAGUAUAGUAGUUUGUGGCCAGCAGCUGUAAGCAAUGCUAAUUCUUAUAACCCCGUGGCAGUCCAUGAACUUCUCUUAGAAAUUGUAACAUAUGCCCUAAAGCAAUAUCCAAAUAAUGCGGCUUGGCUCAGGCUAUUGGGCGACAUAAAUUUUGCUAAUGGUCACUACCAAGUCUCCUUGAGUGACUAUUUAAAAUCAUUACUAGUAUCUCAUGACUAUUUCAACAUCCCAAUUCGAAAUGACGAUCACGUUUUUAGAAGAAUGAUAAAAUGCUGUACUACCCUAGGAUGCAAUACUCAAGCAGCUGUGCUGUGUCAAUUUCUAGAAGAAACUGACUAUAUGUUAGCUUUUCGAAUUCUGUCUGAACAAAAAACCUGUAAUGAUGCUGUAGAUGCUUACUAUCAUUGUUUCUGGGAUACAAGCAUUUUGGAGUACCUGAUACAUAUGCAUAAUAAAAAAGGAGAAUUUCAAAGGCGAAAGUGCGCUAUUCAGGUCAUUGGAAUGUUGGAGUUGAAUUCUAGCAAUAAUGAAGAGAUACAGAGAGAGGCCAGUAAUUUGCGAAAGAGUACUUUUUUGAGAGCUUUGUGCAAACAGUUAAUCCUAAGAGCAUGUUUUGAUUUUUCUAGCUUUUCUCUCAAAAAUCAUUUUUUAAAGCCCUAAAAUGGCAGACGUGAAUAUUGAUAUGGAUAAUUUUGAGCCAAAGAAGGCUCAAAAGAGGGUGGUAACUAUUGAGGAAGAUAUGGAUGUAGAAGUCCAUAAUGGAAUUGAAGGGACCAACAAAGUUAGACCACCAAGAAGAAAAAAAACUAGAACUCAAUCAUUUUCGGAAACUAAGGAUGAUAUGAGAAAGAUCCCUGUCCCUUCACAUCGUUAUUCUCCCUUGAAAGAAAACUGGUUAAAAAUUUUUACACCUAUUGUUGAACACCUACAACUUCAAAUUAGGUUUAAUCUAAAAUCAAGAAAUGUUGAGAUUAAGACAUGUAAAGAGACGAAAGAUAUUGGUAAUUUACAGAAAGCUUCAGAUUUUGUAAAAGCUUUUAUUUAUGGUUUUGAAGUGGAAGAUGCUUUAGCUCUAAUCCGUUUAGAUGAUCUAUUUGUAGAAUCUUUUGAAAUUAAAGAUGUUAAAACAUUAAAAGGAGAUCAUCAGUCAAGAGCCAUAGGACGACUAGCUGGAAAAGGAGGCAGGACCAAAUUUACGAUAGAAAAUGUUACAAAAACUAGGAUAAUAUUAGCAGACAGCAAAAUUCAUAUUUUGGGUAGUUUUCAAAACAUAGCAUUGGCUAGGAGAGCAAUCUGUAAUUUAAUUCUUGGAUCACCCCCCUCUAAAGUUUAUGGACAGUUAAGAAAUGUUGCUUCUAGAGUUUCUGAAAGAAUGUAAUAAAUAUUUAAAAUACAAAAUUCCUAUUUAUUCUUAUUGUUUGUUCAACUAAUUUUCCUCAAUUAUGCAUAUUUAAUGACUAUUACUACACACAAAUGUCAUUGCUGGCUGUUUCUUGAUAUAUGCAGGCCCAAAGUAUUAAACUAUGCACCAAGGCUAUAAGUCAUGUAGAACUUUAAUUAUUCAGUCAAUAUGAACAACUGUAAUGGUAAUAAUAAGGUUUCUACAAUCAAGUCUUAAGGUAAUAAUAAAUAAACAUUAAAAAUAAAGCAAGUUAUUAUACUCUUAUUCACAAAUUUAAAAUACAAUAUUAUAUACGUUAUUAUUUAUUGAGAAUAACAUUUUUAAUUUGUUUUAUGGCAAAAUCUCACAAUUCGAUAUACAUAGCGUUUUAUGAAUUUUGAUUACCAAUUCAGAAGAGGAUUUUCACUAAAUAUGUAUCAGUAACAUGUAUAUGAAGAGCCUAAUCUUGAAUGAUCAGCUGUUAGGAGAUUAUUAUUGUUUUUGGUAUCAGAUUACAAAUCUUAGCACCUAAAUAUUUUUUGUAUAAUUGGUAACUAGUUAUUUUAUAAUUUUUAUAGAAUUUAAGGCUUAAAUUUCAAAUAAGAUACAGUGGCUAAUAUAAGUAUUUCCAAUACAAUAAUUAAAAUUAAGAUCAACUUAUUAUAAAUAACAUUGCGGCUCAUAGACUUGAGUAAACUUUUAGCACUAUUGAGCUGUUCAUUGGCAUCUUCCAAUCUGGUUCUAGUUCGCAAUAAAGACUCUCUUUGUUCUCCUAAUUCAGAAACAACCUCGUUUCCUAUCUGUUCAGUUUCAACCGCAAUUUGUGUGGACCUAGCUAAACUUUCUCCUGUUCGUCCUAAAACUUGAGUUCCUUGGAAGAUAAGUUGCCUAUUCCUCUCUUCAUAAUCGUCAUCAUUUCCGCCAUACAUUUUGAUGAAAUGUUAAAUAUGAAUUACGGUUAUGGUUUUUUAUUAUUAGAUAAGCAAACACCUUUCUACAUAGUUAAAAACAUUUUGCUAUCAAGUAAAAAAUUAACAAAAAAACCAACAAAACAAUAAUAGAAAACAGACUUUUCAGUUUCUGUCAAACUUUUUGACAAAUUUUUCUUCUUUUUUUUUUCUACUCUUCCCAAGGAUUAGGGUCCGUAUUU